AUGUCUGUGGCAUACCUUGAUCCUGGAAACUUAGAGGCUGAUUUACAAACAGGUGCUGUUGCAGGUUAUUCCUUGCUCUGGCUUCUAUUGUAUGCACAUUUAGCCGGUCUAUUAAUACAGUGUUUAUCAGCUAGAGUUGGUGUGGUAACGGGAAAGCAUUUAGCUCAAUUAAUAAGACAAUAUUAUUCACGUCCUGUAUCAAUAUUACUUUGGGUAAUAACUGAGAUAGCUAUUGUCGGUUCUGAUAUACAAGAGAUAGUUGGUACUGCAAUAGCAUUAAAAAUUAUUUUCGGAUUGCCUUUAUGGAUUGGUACAAUGUUGACUGCCAUGGACACUUUCACCUUCAUGUUAUUACAAAAUUAUGGUGUUAGGAAGUUGGAAGCUUUCUUCAUGUUCUUAAUUGGCUUGAUGGCUGAAAGUAAUAGUUUAAAGGAAUUAUGA